CAUGGGCAGAGCCAUGUCACGUCGUGUCAUGAGCUGCUGUAUCGUUCCCCUACACUCGUGCACUCUUUCCAAGACGGUGGGCUUAUCACUCUGGGAGUACAAUGUCUGCAUGAUGGAGAAAGAAUCUAGACCGUUUGGCCCUGCCCAUACACGAAUGUUAAAGCACUCGACGGCUGGGCACAGGAGCUGCGUCACAGUGGAGAACACUGAGGGUUUCCAGGGAUGACUCUAAACCAGCAAAAAGCUACUUAAGACGACCAGCUAUGAGUUUCUAAGUUGUUGAGCAGGAAACCAGUGACAAAGCAUUGAUUAUCGUUGCCAAGGGGCCUCGGGAAACCUCCUCUUGGGAGUGGUUUUAAAGUGAUGGUGUUUCUCCUGACUUCACACAUUGCUUCGCUCGCGUGUAUGCUGACCAUGGAGGCUGUUUCAAACCUUCAGUAAACAAAGAUAUGCAUCUUGCUGGAAGGGGCUAUCCAGUGUGAUGAUUCUGUAAGGAUUGACUGAAAGGGGCUACAGAGAGACAGAGGCCCGUUGUCUGUGUUCCGGUCUGUCUGUAACGAGAGACGCCAUGCCUGUCCUCUCACCUAGCACAGGUUUGCACGAGAUGCUAGCCUUGCUCACAGCUCAGCUGUACCCCGAUGCCAACCACAGAGAAGAUCUGGUUUUUCUCCGCGAGAUCUUCAGCGAGAGAAGCCUGAGCUAUCUUGUGAGAAUCCAUGAGCGCCUCAGGCAGUACAUGCAUCAGAACCCGACCCCAGUGCUCCACAGCGCUGCUUGCCUGGCGGAGGACGUGACUGAGGAACUCCAGAGUGGCUCACUAGAAGAAGAUGAGAGAGAGCUGCUUACACUUCUGACUACUCCACAUGUAAAGGCUGUGCUAACAGUACAUGACACAGUGGCACAGAAGAAUUUCGACCCCGUGCUACCCCCACUGCCUGAUGACCUGGACGACGAGCUGGAGGAGGAGUCGGUGAAGAUCGUCCGUCUGGUGAAGAACAAGGAGCCUCUCGGCGCGACCAUCCGAAGAGAUGAGACAACCGGGGCAGUGGUCGUUGCUAGGAUCAUGAAGGGCGGGGCCGCCGAUCGCAGUGGACUGGUGCAUGUUGGAGAUGAGCUAAGGGAGGUCAAUGGAAACCUGAUCACCCAGAAAGGGCCUGAGAUCAUCAGCCAGAUUUUGUCUCAGUCCCAGGGAUCCAUCACUUUGAAGAUAAUCCCAGCUGUGAAGGAAGAGGACAGACUGAAGGAGAAUACGGUCUACUUGAGAGCCUUGUUUGACUACACCCCUUUUGAGGACAAGGCCACACCCUGUCAGGAGGCGGGACUUCCUUUCCAGCAAGGUGACAUUCUGCAGGUGGUGAGUCAGGACGACCACACAUGGUGGCAGGCCAAGCGCGUGGGCGACAGCAACCUGCGAGCCGGUCUUAUCCCUUCCACAAAAUUCCAGGAGAGGCGCAUGGUGCACAGGAUGAAAACGGGCACUCAUCAGAGUCCUAAAUCAUCACGAGCGCCACCCUACGACCACCCUUGUGAUAAAGAGGACUGUGACUGCGAGGGGAGUGGAAACGGACCUCACAUAGUUGCAGUUUCUCCAAACUGUGAGGCGGUGGCACCCUCCUGUGGCCAGGCCUUUUCCUGGGAGUUCUAUUCAGCUGGUCUCAGACGGAGUUUCCGGUUGAGCCGUAAGGAUCGGCAGAGCACUCCUGGGGAGUCUUGCUAUGCAGAGGCCGGAGGACCUGACUUUCUCGUCUAUGAAGAGGUGACCCGCUACCAGCAGAGCCCCUCGGAGAAGCCCAGACUGGUGGUGCUGAUAGGGUCUCUGGGUGCUCGGAUCAAUGAGCUGAAACAGAAGGUGAUUGCGGAGAACCCUGAUCGCUACGGAGCAGCCGUGCCACACACCACGCGACCCAGGAAGAGCCAUGAAAAAGAGGCCGUGGAAUAUCACUUCAUUUCCAAGCAGACCUUCGAGGCAGACAUCCAGACCAACAAGUUCGUCGAGUAUGGGGAAUACAAAGCUAACCAGUAUGGCACCAGUCUGGAAUCUAUUCGGAGUGUACUUGCCAGGAAUACCAUGUGUCUGGUGGAUGUCCAACCGGAGGCUCUGAAAAUCCUGCGCACAGCAGAGUUUAAGCCAUAUGUGAUAUUUGUCAAGCCACACAUCCCCGAGGGUCGCCGGCAUCGCACCACUGCCAAGUCACCAACAGGGGGCGACAAUGGAUACAGCACGGAUGAAGACCUUCAGGAAAUGCGUCACUCUGCAGAACAGAUGGAGCAACAAUAUGGCCAUCUGGUGGACAGGGUCCUGGUAAAAGAGGACUCUACUGGUGCCUGUAUGGAGCUGCAGAACAUUCUGGAACAACUAGAGGAGGAACCGCAAUGGGUGCCAGUCAGCUGGGUCCAUCCCUGAUUCAGUCUCCCUCCCUCUGUAAGUCUCUGUGCCGACAGUCUAAACUUCACUGCAUGAAUCCAUCACCUGUACGUUUCUCAGACAAAGCAACAAUAGGGGGUCGUCUGAUUGUCUAAAACACUGUUGAUUCCUGUAGCCAAGUUGUACUAGUGGAGGCUCGUUUCUUCUAGGAAUUGCAUGAAUUAUCACCUGUGCACUUUGCAUCCAUGGACACACAAAUAGUCCCCGGCCAUCAAUAGCCUAAUGUGUUCUACUAGUAAUAUCCAGAAAAUGACCCCUAGACUGAAUGACUGGAACAAACGUUAUCUUCUUGUAGCUAUGGUAAAUGUAAAAAUCUCAGUUCACAUUUUGUACUGUUUUCAUUUGUGGAGGUUGUUUAUAUUUAGCUAAACAUAAAUGAGUGUGUUAGAUUAUGGUUUUUGCAAUUAAAUCCAGGUUUUAAUACUAUGUAGAACAAUGCAUUAUUUUAUUUAAUUGGAUUAUUAUUGUUUUUGUAACCUAUAUUCUUUUAAAACUGAAAUGGAGAUUAUAUUAUUGUAUUGGUGACUGGUCAAAAGAGGAUUUUAAUAUUUUAAUUCAUUAAAAAUGACUCACCAAAAUACCAUUCAAGAAUGUGGCAUGAUUAAAUUUUGGGAUCAUGUAUUACUAUGACAUGUUAUGACCAUGCAGGCCUUGGUAUUGAGGUUAUUUUUAAACAGAGUCCAUAUUGUACAAUUCCGUGAGGGGGGGGGAAGGAAAAAAAAAAAAAAAAAAAGAUACUUGAUGCAUCGAUAUUGAAUUUCCUGGGUGGGCUGAUAGAUAAACAAUAAUUAGCACCAUGUUGUGGCCGAUAUUAAUACCCAAUAAUUGUAAUUUUAUGCAUUUAAAAAGUUGAAAUUAUAACUAUAUACGAAGUGCUUGAGUGUAAAUAUGUUAAACUUUAAAAAUAGAUCACUAAUUAAUUUUACAUAGUAAAUCAGAUGUCACAAUUAUUGUAAACAUAAACAGUUUCAUUACAUUCUACAUUCUAACCUUUCUCAAUUAUUUAGUACUACAAAAAAAUUAUUGGUUGUAAUUAUCAACCAAAAUUUUAACAUCAAACCGAUAACAAUACAUUUAUUGUUUAUAUCCUUAUCAGUAAAUAUUGGCCACAAAUAUAUUGUGCACCUCUAUAAUUAGUUAAUUUUGUGACUUCAUCUUUCUUCUUACCAAGUAUGCUAAAACAAGUAUGGGUAUGACACUGGAAUUCUCUUAUUUUCAUAUAACUGUGUAUGGAUCCUAGAAAUAUAAUAAAAGUAUAUGAAUUUUA